AUGUUGCUGAAGCUUUGCAUGAUUCCUCAGUGGGCUAGCUGCUCCAAAAAGAUGAAGUUUAUUUUCUUGAUCUUCCUUCAGGCAACUACGCUGCUUUUUACAAAUGGCUCUAGCUUGGCAGAAAAUGGAACCAAGAGUGUCCAAGAAGAAAAAGCGACUGAUAUUUGCCCCAUUAAGUUCAAAGCCAGCGAGAAAUGUGAUGAAGGAGGGGAGGAAUGCCCAUACCAGAUAACCUUGCCGCCAAUGAUCAUCCAGCUACCUAGGCAAUUUCAACUGAUUGAGCAAACCCUGAAAGAAGUGGAGAUCCUUAAGGAAAUGGUAAACAACUUGCAGAAGACUUGCCAAGACUGUAAGCUGCAAGCUGAUGACAUCCAAGAAAUAGACAGCAUUGAGUUCUUGCCACCUGAAACAGACACCCCAACGGACCACAGCAAACUACAAGAGAACAGAAUUCAAGAACUGCAGAACAAGGUCUCCAGACUGUCAGCUGGCCUGAAGAAUGCAAAGACCGAGAUCCACUCUUUACAAGGUCGGCUGGAGCAAAUGAACUUCAUCAACAUGGACAAUGUGGAAAACUAUAUUGACAGCAAAGUAGCUAACUUGACAUUUGCUGUGAACAGCUUGGAUCACAAAUGUUCUUCAAAUUGCCCGGCUGAACAAUCACGCCCAGAUAUAUUAAUGCUAUACAGAGACUGCGCUGAUCAUUUUGCCAUAGGCAGAAGACACAAUGGACUCUACAGAAUUGUUCCUAAUAUAAGAAAUCGUAGCUUUGAGGUUUACUGUGACAUGGAAUCGAUGGGAGGUGGUUGGACAGUGAUCCAGAUUCGUCAGGAUGGCAGCACAAACUUCAACAGAACAUGGAAUGAAUACAAGAAUGGUUUUGGAAACCUUAGCGGAGAGUUCUGGUUAGGGAAUGAUAAAAUCCACCUUCUGACCAAAACCAAGGAAAUGCAACUGAGGAUUGAACUUGAGGAUCUCAAUGGAGUCAGAGAAUAUGCAAAAUACGAACAGUUCUAUGUGGCCAAUGAAUUUCUCAAAUACCGCCUGAGCAUCAGCGGCUACAGCGGAACAGCAGGGGAUGCCCUACACUUCAGCAAGCGUUACAACCACGAUCAAAAGUUCUUUACCACCCCCGACAGAGACAAUGACAGGUAUUCAUCUGGAAACUGUGGAGAAUAUUACAGCUCAGGCUGGUGGUUUGAUGCCUGCUUGGCUGCCAACCUCAACGGUAAAUAUUAUCACAAAAAAUAUAGAGGUGUUCGAAAUGGGAUUUUCUGGGGCACAUGGCCUGGCCUUUCAGAUGAUAUUCUACAUGGUUAUAGACAGCCUUUUAAAAAGGUUAAAAUGAUGAUCAGACCCAAGGUAUUUAUGUCAUAAAUAACAUUGGAUUACUAGAAACAAACUGAAAAAGCUAUCUUUCUCAUUAUUGGCACGCUUUCCAGCAUUUGACCACAAUACUGAGUAAAAAAAAGUUUGUUCAACUAUGAAACAUUUCUGUCUACACACAUAUAUCAUAACUCUUCCAAAAGCAUCCUGCCAUGUUUUCUGAUUGUGCGGGCAACCAUUCACAAUUUAUGUUGCAAGUUAAAAAAGUUUAAUCUUGAUCCACGCUCUGGGUUUAAGGGCAUUUUGUAACAGUGAUUCAAAGUAAUUCCACUCCUGGAGUGUAUUUAUCAUUACCUGUUCCGUGUUCCAGUCACAUGCCUACAAGCAGGGUGAACAGAUGAAAAAUAAACAGGCAGUUCCAAAGCCCUUGGCUUUUACUGCUUCCUCAAUAGACCCCUCAAUAGACUAUUGACCUACUCCAAAGUCAGUGAGUGAAGAAGAAUGUUGUGGCAUGGAAUCCCAGCCAACUCAUGGUGACCUCAUCAAUGAUGCAUUCAGGCAGGAGAUGAGAAGUGGUUUGCCACUGCUAUCCUCCUCAUAGCAACCCCAGUCCUCAUGGGUGGUCUCCCAGGAACAGGAGAUACCAGGCAGGGGAAUUGGGCCAACAGCAGGGAGGGGAGGAAAGAAAGUCACACUUAUGGGUGUAAAUUUUCCAUCUGUGGAAACCCUCUGAAGGAUCCAAGUCAUGCAGUCAAAAUCAGUUAACACAUGCUGGGUUAUUUUUUUAUGCACCUAAAUCGACAACACGUUCCAAAACUAAAAUUUAAUUCUUCUUCCUUCACAUAUUAAGAUUUCCUCAAACCUCAACUGCAGACCCACUCUGCACUAUGAUGGGACUACUGUGCAAAAACUACUCAAGUCUUUUUUAUGAGAAAAGAUGGCAUGAAAGUCCCAAAUAGACUUGUAGUAUAUUCCUGGAAUUUUUAAAUGCAUUGCGUCGAAUAAUUCUCAUCUAGAUGCAAUUUGGCUGCUUCCUUAAAAACUUUCAGAGUUCAAGGUCAAAGUUAUGUACCAGGAUUUUUGCCCAGGUCCCAGAACCACUUACAUUCUUAUAUUGCAACCAACUGUGUAGUACCUUCAUCGAAUGAUUCCUUAACAUUUCUUAAUUGAAACAAACAAUUAUUUAACUAUUUUAGACAAUUUUUUAUUUUUAACAACAAGAGAGAAAUAUUCUCCAUACAAACACAGAUAUAACAUGAAACAGUAUCUUCAACUGUUCAAAUAUUUUCAGGAAAAUCAUUAUCUAUUUUGUCAAUGACGAAAAGUAUGUUAAGGUACAUGUACAUAUGUGUUAUAAAAAAGGCUCUAAUGGAUGGGACUGUACAGUAGUAUCCUGUGUGAUUUGAGAAUUUUUGUUCAUUUAAAAAGUUUGUUCUAUGUUGGAAGGGAAGCAAAUUCUAAUACAAGAGGCUGUAUAUUUUUUUCCUGAAAAUGUUUUGUUUAUUAAAGACCACCAUUUAUUAUUUUUCUAGAAAACUUUCACAUAUUACUGAAUAUAAACAUGUCAUACAAUGUGCACUCAUACAUUUUCUCUAAACUUAACGUUAAAAAAGCAACAGUUAUUUGAGGGGUGGGGUAAUAUUGAAGUUGGUACAAUGUUCCAAAUUAUUCCACAGACACACAGAAGCUUUUAAAAACACAGAAUCAUAAAAAACAUAGACUCCCAGAUCCCUUUCGCAUGUACCGUAGUCAAGCCAGGUGUGGAUUUCAUUUUUUCUGCCUAAGUGUAGAAUCUUACAUUUAUCUCUGUUGAAAUUCAUUUUGUUAGUUUUGGCCCAGCUCUCUAAUCUGUCCAGAUCAUUUUGAAUCCUGCCCCUGUUCUCCAGGGUAUUAGCUACCCCUCCUAAUUUUGGUAUCAUCAGCAAAUUUGAUUAGCAUGCCCUCUAUUUCGUUAUCCAAGUCACUGAUAAAAAUAUUGAUUAGUACAUGUUUGUUAACAAUCAAAACUAUCAUCUUAAGCAUCACUAUCCAUUUUCUGUGGGGACUAUAUUAACAAGAUGACCUAAGAGUGGGAGCUGAUCUUUAAACCUGGGAUCCAUUCCCCAGGUUGUCUUCUUGGAUGUUCCCACUGUUUCCCCCUCCCUGUCUUUCUCACCUGUGCCAUCUCUUAGACUUUAGUCUGCAGAGCAACCAGCUCUUGACUUGCCUUCUUUGUAUGAGCUCUGUCACCUUCAGUGACUAGUGCAGUGUUUUCUUAUCCUUCCCAAGUCUUUUCAUCCUGCAGUUGCCUCCAAUCCCACAGCCUAUGGGUGAGAGCUGCUGUGCUGAUCCCAGCUAUUCUCAACUUUCCCAGCAAUGGGUAGACUCCCAAGCAUCUGCUGCUAUUGUCUCUGCUCCCCGCAUCUUCCCACUGCCUUUUUUCAAAUGUGCAGCUUGCCCAUGGUUCUGCCUCUUCUCCCCGCUGGCCUCUCUUCACUAUGGACAAUAUGUUUGAAGUUUCCUUUCAUUGCUCAGGCUCAUGGGCCUGCUCUGAUGGCCACACUAUAGUCACCAGGGGCACCAUUUACUUGCUGGGACUGGUCAUCUGCCAUCUCCAGCUUCCACUACCUGUCACUACUCCAAAGGCUGGUGGGAGAAAAAAAACAUGUAAAAAUCACAGUCAGCAUGACAGCAUUACAUCAUGUUCUUAAAAAAGCUAGAAGAGAUGUCACACUGCUUUAGGAAUCACUGGAAACCCUACCAUUUUACCAUAGGGUAUGGUGAGUCCUUGAGUGGCAUAUUACUUCCUGGUUUUCCAUGGAAGUGAUAUAAUGCCAUUGGGUACCCCCUCACCCCAAACUCCCUCAAGUUGCCAGCUGCUAGCUGACAACUCUAAUAGUUAUCUACUUCUGACUGUUGUAAGGCCAAAUGUAUGAGAACAAAGCAGACUUUAUUAGAAAGCUGAUUCUGUAAUGACAAAUUAAGUUGUCUCCAUUCCUUUUGCCUCUGUCAGGGCACCUUCAUAGAACAGAUUUAAACUGGCACUGCUCUUUUCCAAAGAAUCCUGGUAUUAUGGUUUUGCAAGGGCCUAUAUAAUUCUCUGUUAAACAUCCUUAGUCAUUUCAGACAAUUAUAAAUUCCAAAAUGUGCCAGUGGGAAAAAAGGUCUGUGUAUAUCUAACGUAAUGCUUUUUACAAUAAGUGAUAUUCUUUUGCUUUUAGUGAAAAUGAUUCUUGUGUUAUACAACUUCCUAUGAAUGGCACUUCUUAUUGGACAACCUAAUCAGCAUGUCUUUUAGUAUUAUUUUUAUGCUUGAUAAUUAAUGUAUGAUUAUUUUUCUCCUUUAGAUGUACAAUUUCAUUAUUGCCAUCUGCAAAAUAAAGUUUAUUUUUUAAAAAAAACAA